AUGGAACCACUCAACCUCAAUGCCAUGGUGAUCGAGGAUGACGAAGACCUCAUCAUAACCGAAGACAUGUACACCAUCAUUGGACCUGAGACAAAUCUGACUUUAUGCUUGAUAGGAAGGUUCCUCACCGAACGCCAGAUACAUACUCAGAUGAUGAAGGAACGCAUGGCAGAAGUUUGGCACCCACGUAAAGGUGUUUCUAUACGUGAAAUAGACUCUGGUCUCUUUCUCUUCCAAUUUUACCACCCACUGGGCUUGCAACGCAUAUUAAAGGGAGGCCCUUGGUCGUUUGAUCGUCAUCUACUCAUACUAGGCAUCAUCAAAGACGGAGAAGUUCCAAAUCAAAUACCGCUUUACACUGUACCUUUUUGGGUGCAAAUUCAUCAACUUCCACCCGGAUUCAACUCCUCCUCUGUGGGUCAAAACAUAGCUAAUCACAUCGGUGAAUUUUUGGAGUUUGACUCACGAAACACAACUACGUUUUGGAGGUCAUAUAUGCGUGUACGAGUUCUCAUUGAUGUCAGAAAGCCUUUAAAGAAAUCAAAACGUAUAAAAAAACCGGGAGGCGAGGCUACGGUGGUCUUAUUCAAAUAUGAGAAAUUAGGCCCCUUUUGUUUUGUAUGUGGUCUAUUGGGCCAUAUGGAGGAUAGUUGUGAAUUCCUGUUCAACGCAUCUGAAGACGAUGGACAACGGGGCUGGGGACCGGAGCUCCGGGCUGACCCUCGCACAGCCACUCCUAGAUCGCGUUGGUUACGUGAUGAGGAUUCUGGUUUUAAUUCUCCACAAAAUCUGGGAUAUAGCGGAUAUUAUGGGAUUGGCCAAUCUGUUACUUUCAACGCCCAAAGCGGUAAUCAUAUCUAUCCCGAUAAUCAUGACAACAAAAAAAGAAAUGAUUUAAUGACAGAAAUUUUUAAGAAUCCAGCUAUUAUGACUGCCAGGGCCCACACCUCCAAUGCUACCAGUAAUUCCCAUGUGCAACAAAACACGACUGCUGAUAUCGCCAAGGAGCCCAUCAAUUUAACCCAUGCAAACCAAAAUUCUGUUGCGGCUAACGAUGACCUUACUAUACUCGAUAGAAAACGUCGCUACCAUGACGACGCUACAACCACAGAUGAACACACUACUACAUCCAUCAUGGACACCGAAGAUGCUGAUCAUUUUUUAUGGGCAGGCCCUGGAAACCAGGCCUGCCAGGGCUCAUGA